AUGACCCCAAGUCCUGCUGUGGAGGAGUUAGUGCUGGGAUGUGAGGAUGGAGAGCUGAGGAGGGGUGAGAUCACAGAAGAUGCUAGCCCAAUGCUGGAUGGCCAAGCCCCGACAGAGGCUCAGGAUGCAGAGGAUGGUCCAGGAUCCGCAGAGCCAGGAGACCCGCUACGGAGGCCUGAGACCCAGCAGCAACCCAACUCUGGGGCAGGGCACUGGUGUGUCGGGUGGCGCGCCUGGGCAGUGCUGGGAGCCCUGGGGCUGCUGGCUGGUGCAGGCGUCAGCUCCUGGCUUCUAGUGCUGUAUCUGUGGCCAGCUGCCUCUCAGCCCACUCCUGGAACCCUGCAGGAUGAGAUGACUUUGAACUGCUCUGAGGCCAGCAGUGAGGAAGCCAUGCUCCCCUCGAUUCCCAGAACAGUUUCUUUCAGAAUAAACACUUCUGAGGACUUCUUGCUGGAAGUACAGCUGAGGGCCCGGCCAGACUGGCUGCUGGUCUGCUACGAGGGCUGGAGCUCUGCCCUGGGGGCGCGGGUCUGCAGGAGCCUCGGACAUCUCAGACUCACUCACCAAAAGGCAGUGAACCUGUCUGACAUCAGGCUCAACAGUUCCAGGGAGUUUGCUCAGCUCUCUCCUGGACUGGAAGGCUUCCCGGAGGAGGUGUGGCAGCCUAGGGACCGCUGUGCUUCUGGUCAAAUCGUCUCCCUCAAGUGCUCCGAGUGUGGGGCCAGGCCCCUGGCUUCCCGGAUCGUGGGCUGGCAGGCAGCGGCUCCCGGGCGAUGGCCCUGGCAGGCCGGCAUGGCCCUGGGCUCCCGGCACAUGUGCGGGGCCUCCAUGCUGGGCCUGCGCUGGGUGGUGACCGCCGCGCACUGCACACACAGUUUCAGGCUGUCCCGUCUGUCCAGGUGGCGGGUCCAUGCGGGGCUGGUCAGCCACAGCACGGUCAGGCCACACCAAGGGGCUGCAGUGGAGCGGAUCAUCACCCACCCUCUGUACAGAACUCAGAACCAUGACUAUGAUGUGGCCCUCCUGUGGCUCCGCACCCCACUGCACUUCUCAGACACCGUGGGCGCCGUAUGCUUGCCGGCGGAAGAGCGGGAUUUUCCGAGGGGCUCGGAGUGCUGGGUGUCUGGCUGGGGCCACACUGACCCCAGCCACACCCACAGCUCCGACGUGCUCCAGGACGCCGUGGUGCCCCUGCUCAGCGCCCAGCUCUGCAACAGCCCUUGCGUGCACAGCGGGGCCCUGACGCCCCGCAUGCUGUGUGCCGGCUACCUCGACGGGAGGGCGGAUGCGUGCCAGGGGGACAGCGGGGGUCCCCUGGUGUGUCUGGACGAGGGCACGUGGCGCCUGGUGGGGGUGGUCAGCUGGGGACACGGCUGCGCAGAACCCAGCCACCCCGGAGUCUACGCCAAGGUUGCCGAGUUCCUGGACUGGAUUCAGGACAGCGCGGCGCAGGUUCACUAGAUGGAGGAGAAGCAGCCCUGGACGCAGAAGGCAUGGAUCUCUUUUCAGUGCACAGGAGACCGUCACCACCCACUGGCCAGCCUCCAGGCCACUGUGCCUCUCUCCUUGGGCCCUGAUUUCCAGUCUAUCUCAGCGGAGAGCCUCAAUGACAGGAGGGAAGCUGGGACUGGGCUGGGAAGCUGGGGGAGCAGCGGGCUGGGGCAGGGGGCGCAGCUGGAGAGGAAGAGGCUGUCAGCGGCAGCGAGGAGCCUGCCCUUCUGUCUCCUCCCCUCUGUGGCCCUUUGCCCAUCUUUGGGAGGAUGCCCAGGCCUGCCCUGGGCCUGCCUUCUCCGCACUCUCAGGUCGGGGAAAUGCCUCCCCAAGACCCAGACUGGGAUGCUCCUGGGCAGAUUGGGUCAGGACUGGGUCAGCCCAGGUUAAGCCCACGGAGUCAGGAUCCUCCCCACUCUCCUGUGGAUCUCACCUACUUCCUGCUCUCCCCUGGCUCUGGCUGGCUCUGCUGCAGUGGGGCAGGAGACCACUGUAAGAAUACUCUGGUCGGCAAUGGAAUAGCGGGGAGGUUUUAAAAUGACAGUUCUGUGAACUGCUCCAGGACUUCCGGUAUUAAAGUGAAGUACGGUCUCGGUC